AUGCCGGCGGCGAAGGAAGCGAACCCCGCCGUCGCCCUGAACCAGCACGUCCUUGCGACCCUAGAGAGAUGCGGGCACCUCCGCCAACUGAAGCAGCUUCAAGCUCACCUAAUAGUCCUCGGCCACGGCCACACCCAGUUCUUCUCCUUCAAGCUCCUCCGCUUCUCCGCCACCGUGCUCGCCGACCUCCGCUAUGCCCGCUCCCUCUUCGAUGCCCUCCCCUCCCCCAACAUCUUCCUCUACACCGCCAUGAUCACCGCCUACUCCUCCCACUCCGACCCCUCCUCCGCCGCCCUCCUGUUCCGUCAGAUGCUCCGCCGCCGCCGCCCCCUCCCCAACCAAUUCAUCUUCCCUCACGCCCUCCGCUCCUUCUCCGAGUCCUCCUCCUCCUCCUCCAUAGCCGCUGUGCACGCGCAGGUUGCAAAGACGGGCUUCGCCGGCGACGGCGUGGUGCAGACGUCUCUCCUCGACGCCUACGCCAAGUGCCUCGACGUAGACACCGCCCGCCGCUUGUUCGACGAAAUGGCAGAAAGAAACGUCGUCUCCUGGACCGCCAUGAUCACGGGCUACGCGCGAGCAGGGAUGAUCGGCAACGCGACGACCCUGUUCGAGGAAAUGCCUCACAGGGACGUCCCAGCCUGGAACGCCAUCAUCGCCGCCUAUAGCCAGAACGGGCUCUUCUCCGAGGCGGUGGCGCUGUUUCGUCGCAUGAUCGCCGCCGCCGCCCGCCCCAACGAGACGACGGUGGCGUGCGUCCUCUCGGCCUGCGGCCAUCUCGGCACGCUCCUUCUAGCCAAGUCCAUCCACACCUACACCUACAGGAACCGCAUCGGCGCCAGCGUCUUCGUCUCCAACGCCCUCAUCGACGUGUACGGGAAAUGCGGGAGCCUGAAGCAGGCGCGCAACCUCUUCGACGAAAGCUCCCAGCGGAGCUUGACCCUCUGGAACUCCAUGAUCAACUGCCUCGCACUCCACGGACACAGCGGGGAGGCGCUGGAAACCUUCGAGGAGAUGCGACGCGAUGGGCCGCCCCCAGAUGGCGUGACCUUCGUGGGCCUGCUGAACGCGUGCGCCCACGGCGGGAUGGUCGACGAGGGGCGGCGCUACUUCCGCGCCAUGGUCGCCGGCUACGGCGUGGAGCGGCGGAUCGAGCACUAUGGCUGCAUGGUGGACCUUCUGUGCCGCGCGGGUAGGUUCGAGGAGGCGAUGGAGGUGGUGGAGGGGAUGAGGGCGAUGGAGCCGGACGAGGUGGUGUGGGGGUCUCUGCUCAACGGCUGCAGGGUCUACGGGGAGGUGAAGAUGGCGGAGAAGGCGGCGAGGAAGCUGCUGGAGAUGGACCCGGGGAACGGCGGCUACGGCGUGCUGCUGGCGAAUCUGUACAGCGCGACGGGGAGGUGGGAGGAGAUGGGCGGCGUGAGGAAGGCGAUGAAGGAGACGGGAGGGAGGAAGCUGCCGGGUUGCAGCUGGAUUGAGCUGGAGAGCGAGGUUCACCGGUUCUACUCCGGCGAUCGGUCGCACCCACGGGCCGGAGAGAUCGUUGAUGCCCUGCAGGGUUUGGCUGCUUUCUUGGAAUACUGA